UAACAACACCAAACAAUAAUGAAACACUAGUUAGCCCAACCACAAUUACCAUCAACAACAACAACCAGACAACAGUCUACAAUGCUAUAUCACCAAGAAAUAAUGAAACAAUGUUUGCAACACCCAGCAACAACACAACAAUCUACAAUGCAACAACAACCAGAAACAAUUACAUAACAGUGCACAAUGGUUCAGAUCCCAGCAUUGACCACAAAUCAUCCUUCGACCUAACAACACCUAGCAACAGUAACAUAACAGUCUACAAUGCUACAACACAAAGUUAUAAUGAAAAAGCACUUAGCAAUACUACAAUACCCAGUAACCAGAACACAACAGUCUACAAUACUAAAACAGGAAGCAACAAUCAUAGCACAGUAUACAAUGCUAAAUCACUCACAGAGCAUUACACACCAGUUUAUAAUGCAACCACAGCUAAAAACAAUUUCACAGCAGGUAAUAAUGCAACAACACCCCAAAACAAUUUAACAUUAGUCUAUAAUGCUACAACACUCACUGAAAAUCUUAUACCAUAUAAUAAAACAACCAACAAUUUCACAACAGUAUAUAAUACAAAAACUACAAACAAUUACAGAACAACCAACAGUGCCUCACUUAAUGAAAAACAUACAAAUGAGUAUAAUUUAACAACAGUCAGCAGCAAUUACACAACACUAAAUAAUUCAACAACAUCAAUAAAAAAAAACUACACAACAUUUACUGCAACAGCACCCAGUAACAACUAUACAACAGUCUACAAUACUACAGCAAUCACUGAAAAACACUUACACAACUAUAAUACUACAGCAUCCAGCAACAAUUACACAUCUGUCUACAAUGCUACAUCGUCAAACACCAAACACACAGCUGUCCAAAAUACCACAACACCCAGCAAUAGUUAUACAACAGAGCAAAAUGUAACAGCUAAAAACAAUCAUACAACAGUCUAUUAUGCUACUAAAUCCAGCAUCAAUGUGACAACAGUGCACAAACUAACCAUGACAAGCAUAAAUUUCACAACAAAUCAAAAUAUAACAUACAUAACCAGCAAUUUUACAAAUAAAUAUAAUGCAACACUUUUUACAACAACCUCCAACACAGCAUCACCCUCUAAAAGUAGCACAACUAAUAUGGUAGGAGUACAAAAUACAACUGCAUUGAAUUAUUCCAGCACUUUGCACCCUGCAAUCAAUUCCUCCAUUAUUUACACAUCAGUAACUAGAUCACCUCGAAAUGCAACAACUGCAUUCAACAUCUCCAUUGCACCUGUAGAUCCACAGCAGAUCACAACCACUCUCAACAUAAAUACAACGGUUGUAGCAGCUCUUACAGAAGUAGGCAGGACUACAAAACUAAACUCAACUACAGAGAGUUGGACUUCACUUGCUGACAAAGGCACAAAACCAACGCAACAUUCAAUGUUAAACCAGACUGGAAACCGGACCACAGUUACUGUUACUCAAACGACAACUGUUUACAAAAAUGACAGCAACUUAGGUGCAGGUUUCAGCACUAUUCAAGCAACCAAACCAUUACGUUCCAACUUAACAAAAGACACUGUUUCCCCUUUCACUGCUACAACUGUAAACACAAUUUUAACAACACAUGAUCCUACAAAGAAAAGCCCAGUGUCUUCGGCUACAAAGACAACAACUCUCCCAAGCGACAAAGCCACAAUGAGCACAGUGACCAGCACUGGAAAUACAUUAAUGACCACUAUGAAGACAAGCACAAGUACAGAGAAUAAGGAGGAAAAGGCAAAUGAGCUGUUGGACCAAACAGAAGAUGUGUCCAAGCUAAACUCCUCUCUGGUGUCUAACCUGGUGGGGAACCUGGAGAAACUUCUGGAGAGCCCAUCCAUCUCUCAGUCAGUGGGAAAAAAAGUUAUUGAUAUCAUAAGCAACCUCAUGAAUUGUGACCCAGAGAUUCUUUCUGGAUCAACAAAUAGGCUGAUUCAGCUAGUGGAUACAUUGGGUUUAAAGCUGGAGGUCAUGGGUGUCAGUGGGAUGCUGUCCUCAACGUCUCUGGUUCUGGCUAUAAAGACGGUGGAUGGGACAAACUUUCCUGAAACCUCUGUUGAGAUUUUUAACACUGAUAAUGUCCAGCUCCGAAGCAUCAGUAGGUCUCGGGUCAAAAGGUCAGCUUCUGCUUUGGGAUCUGUGAACUUGCCCUCCUCCCUUACAGCAGGUCUACUUCCUGAAGAGAAGCUGCAGGCCAGCAGAGUCCAGUUCACUUUCUACAAAAACAAUUCCUUCUUUCAGGAUUCUUCCUUAGACAAUCAAACAGUCGUCAGUUCUGUUCUGGGCUCCAGUGUGGCUAAUUUGUCAAUAAGCAAUCUCAAGGAAAACAUCACUUUUACCAUCAGGCAUAUGAGUUUAAGUCUUAAUGACAUCACAUCUUGUGUUUUCUGGAAUUUCACUAAGAACAACAAAGCAGGGGGCUGGGAUGACAAUGGCUGCUCUGUUGCCAACACCACUGCAGAACACACAACCUGCAGCUGCAACCAUCUAACCUCCUUUGCCAUACUGCUAGAUAUGUCCAGAGAGGGAAUAACUGACCCACUGCAGGCGAAAAUUCUGAGUUUCAUUACUUACAUCGGCUGUGGAAUUUCUUCUGUCUUUCUAGCCGUCACCCUGAUAACACAUUUGUUAUUUGAAAAACUGCUCCACGAUAUUCCUGCCAAGAUCCUGGUCCAGCUCUGCUUUUCCCUCCUGCUCCUCAACCUGGUCUUCAUGCUGGAUGGAUGGCUUGCUAACUACAAAAUAGUCAAUCUUUGUAUCAGCACUGCCUUUUUCUUGCACUACUUCCUGCUGUCGUCUUUUACCUGGGCGGGGCUUGAGGCUCUGCACAUGUACCUGAGCAUCGUGCGAGUGUUCACACCCUAUCUAAGUAGAUAUAUGCUGAAGUUCUCCCUGAUGGGCUGGGGUUUUCCUCUCAUUGUGGUGGUUAUUAUCAUAGCUGUGGACAAAAACAACUAUGGUCUGGUGCCAUAUGGAAAAUACGAAGAUGGGACUACAGAUGACUUUUGCUGGCUGCGUAAUGACAUUGCCUUCUAUGUGGGCGUGGUAGCCUACUUCCUCCUCAUUUUUGUCUUGUGCCUGGUGGUCUUCAUUGUGGUUAUGGUCCAGCUCUACCGGAUCAAGAAGCAGAACCCUCACAACCAGUCCCCCAACAGGAGUGCAAUGACUGACAUGAGAAGCAUCAUUGGCCUCGUUCUGCUGCUUGGUCUCACCUGGGGCUUUGCUCUGUUCGCCUGGGGGGACGCCAAACUCCCCUUUAUCUACCUUUUCACCAUAUUCAACUCUCUUCUAGGAUUGUUUGUCUUCAUUUUCCACUGUGCCGUGAAGGAAAAUGUCCGCAGGAUGUGGAGAAUGUAUCUCUGUUGUGGAAACUUGCGGCUGGCUAAUAACUUAGAAUGGAGUCGGACUGCAACUCACAACAACAAACAAUUGUCGGCUGCUACUGGCGCCACCUCUGCUCAACAGCUCAGCAACCGUAGCUCCUCGUUUGCCAGCAAUCUCACCAACAGCAGCGGCUCAGUGUUUGUGGACAGUGGUAUAUCGGACCACUCUAACAGCGACGUCGUCCUCAAUGAGAUUCAGAGACGGAACAUUUCUCCAAUAGAUGAACCCUAAUGACAUGGCUUGAGGAACCGUUAAAGAUUAGGGGUCCUUUUCGGAUGGAAAAAUAGUUGUAGCAGAGUGGCUCAAAUUGAAGUCCUUAAAGGUAGAAAAAGGUGGUAAAUAUUUCAAAGCAGAGUGAGACUGAAAAUAAAAACACUUCAGGAAGUCACACAACAGGAGCAAGACUUUUAUGCCUAUGUACCAAUAGCAAAGGAGGUAUAUCAGCAGAGAUAUGGCUUGAUUAUGACUGAAAAAUAGAAGAUUCACUGUUAGAGCUGUGACCCUGUUUGACCCAGUCCUUUACUAAAGCUUACGAUCUUGAAAUCAUUUUAACUGUGCAUAUAUGGUGAAGUUAGGCACAGUAAUUGUAUCACUUUGUAGUGAGAAGUAGAACAUUGUAUUUUAUUUACCAUCAUGGGGCUGAUUUGCUGUCCUUUCACCUUGUAAAACCUACAGAAACUGUGCCAACGACUUUUACUGAAAAACAGUACUGCAAGGUCCAAUCUGAGAGGGACAUGUCAUUCUUUGAAAUUAAUUUAGAAUUAAAAGCAGACAGGAGACCCAUCUCUUUGAUUUACAAAUGCCAAAUUCAACUACUAGCCUUCCUAAUCAGUUGUUGAGCAGAGGGGUUUUUCUUUUUUUUUUUUGUACUGUAAGAACAGUGGCAGAGCCAGAAAAUGUUCAUAGGACUAGAUGAGAACCAGUUUAGGAUCAGUCUAAACUAAACACACUGUACCAAUAUAAGCGCAUUUUCCAAAAUAAUUCACUGAAGAUGCCUAGGGUUUAAUAAAGGCCUUGCAGAUAAAUGCUGAUGCUGUUUAAAUAAUUUCUAUUACUACAUAAUAUACGCAUGAAAUGGCUUGAGCAGUUGUUCUUUAUUUCUGUUUACAUAUAAGACUCCUAGAUUACUUUCAGAGACAUUGCUUUCCCUUUUCUGCCAUGAUACACACAAAUUAGUUCUAAGAGAUAAAAUUUGUGUGAUAUUUAAUGUUAGCAUGUUGACGCAAAUAAAUGACUGUACUGUUGUUGUCAAUUCAUUGCUAAUAUACUGACAAUUAAAAUGUUAAUUUACUUAAAAUAUUUGACUUAGAAGGAUUAUUGAUGCAGUCCUGUGUUUGAGAGAGGAACUGUUUGUUCUAGAGAUGGGCAAUUAGUUCACAUGGGAACAAGUACCUGGUGGGGGUGGCCAAUGAUUGGCUAAAGGCCACCCUCUAGUUCAUCCCCUGUAUAGGAACAAUUUAUUCUUUAAUAUGCUAUAGCAGACGGUUUGGGCUAUGUUAGAGUUUUAAUAUCUGUAAAGAAUGAAUAUGAAUCAUUUCAAAGUGUUUUUUUUCCCCCUUUGCAUAAGGAAAAUCCUUCACAGGAGUAUGCAGUAUAAUAAAAUUUAAAUUCAC